UCUGAGCCUCGGCGCUGGAGCUGGAGCUAGUCCGGUGCUAACUCACUCACACUUUAAUCUGCCUGCACACAGCUAAACGCACACCUACCCCCGAGCUGCCCCUACUGCCGCUGCUACUGCUCCUCUCUUCUGAAGCUUGUUUGGUUGUCUGUGUGUUCAAGCUGCUACCAGUGUUGUUGUGGAGAAGCUAAAGCAUUUGAAGUGCUUCUGAUGAGCGGAUUACAAUACGCUGAAAGACUCCCAAACAUGUGACCAAAACAGAUGGACUGGCUGUGAUGUUAUCGGACCACUGAUUUUUAUUUAUUUUUUUUAGUUCAUGAAGCUGUUUCAGGACUAAGGUUACUUCUUUUUAUCUCACUGUGACACCUUUGAACUGUCACAUGGGCGUUGAAUUCAAGACGCUACUAUGAAUGCGUAAAGAAGAUCCAGAAACAGAUCUCCAGGGACCCACAUCUUGAUGGAGGGACACUAGGCUUGCUGUUUAAACCCCCUUCAGUGUGUUGCUUGUGUUUUUUUCUUUUCCUGGAUUUUUCCUUUUUUUCUGUUUGCAUGGUUGUGCACAAGGGCUACUUUGAGGGAGUCCACCAGUGGCUGUGGUCUUGCCAAAGCUGAGUAAAUGCUUGCCAGCCAUUGGUGAUUUAGUGGCAUGGUGGACUGUUUAUCAGCGCCACAGCUCCGUCAAUGCAAUGCCCGGGAUGAUGAGCACAACCUGGAGACUGCCUUGCUGUAGAACUGUGGCACGCGUGGUUUCUGUUUCAACAUUCUGACCAGAUUGGACUGCAUUCUUUUUCAUUUUCAAGGACAUUUGUUGUUUGUUUAUUCGUAAAAAGGACACUGAUUUAAAAACAAAAAAAACCUCUGAGACGACUGAAUAAUGAAGCUGAGGAAGCAGGUAACAGUGUGUGGAGGGGCCAUUUUCUGUGUGGCUGUUUUCUCACUAUAUCUGAUGUUGGAUCGAGUCCAGCAUGACCCUGCAAGGAGACAGAGCGGUGGGAACUUUCCAAGGAGUCAAAUCUCAGUUCUACAGAACAGGAUAGAGCAGUUAGAACAGCUGCUUGAAGAAAACCAUCAAAUCAUAAGUCACAUAAAAGAUUCUGUGAUGGAGCUGACAGACACGGGGGCGGUUUCCCCCAGCGGCCACUUGCCUUUCAGAAGCGCCAAUGGUUCCUGGGUUCUCCCCUUUGACGGUCGACCCACAUUUCUCGCCAUCAAGCCCCAGGACUGCCAGUUUGCCGGCCAACAUCGGGUCCAUCCGGAUGUGCAGAUGCUGGAUGUGUACUCACUGUUAAAGUUUGACAAUCCUGAUGGGGGUGUUUGGAAACAAGGCUUUGACAUAACCUAUGAACCUGACGAAUGGGACAAUGAGCCACUGCAGGUUUUUGUCAUCCCUCACUCCCAUAAUGACCCAGGGUGGGUGAAAACAUUUGACAAGUACUUCACAGACCAAACCCAGCACAUUUUAAACAACAUGGCCGUGAAGCUGGCAGAGGAUCCCAGAAGGAAGUUCAUCUGGUCAGAAAUCUCGUUUUUUGCAAAGUGGUGGGAAACUACUGACGCACAAAAGCAGGAAGCUGUGCGCAAACUGGUCCAUGCGGGACAGUUCGAGAUCGUGACAGGAGGUUGGGUCAUGACAGAUGAAGCAAACGCUCACUACUUUGCGAUGAUUGACCAGCUUAUUGAAGGGCAUCAGUGGCUUGAAAGAAAUUUAGGCAUUACGCCACGUAGCGGGUGGGCAGUGGACCCAUUUGGGCACAGUGCCACCAUGCCCUAUCUGUUGAAAAAGGCCAACAUCACCAGCAUGCUCAUCCAGAGAAUCCACUACUCCAUCAAAAAGCACUUCUCAUCCACACGCAACCUGGAGUUCAUGUGGAGGCAGGCGUGGGACACAGGAGCCAACACAGACAUAUUCUGCCACAUGAUGCCCUUCUACAGCUACGAUGUGCCUCACACGUGCGGCCCAGACCCAAAGAUCUGCUGCCAGUUUGACUUCAAAAGAUUACCAGGUGGCCGUAUUAACUGCCCCUGGAAAGUGCCUCCCAAAUCUAUUGUGGAAGCCAAUGUAGCAGAAAGGGCACAGCUGCUCUUGGAUCAGUACAGGAAAAAGUCUAAGCUCUAUCGUAGUAAGGUGCUUCUUGUUCCUCUGGGAGAUGAUUUCCGCUAUGACAAGGCUUUGGAGUGGGACCAGCAGUACAUCAACUACCAGAAACUCUUUGACUACAUGAAUUCACAUCCCGAGUUGCAUGUACAGGCUCAGUUUGGGACUCUCUCAGACUAUUUCAGUGCUCUGUACAAAGCCUACGGGGUGCCAGAGGGAACCAGACCCACAGACUUCCCUAUUCUCAGUGGGGAUUUCUUUUCUUAUGCUGACCGGGAAGACCACUAUUGGACCGGCUAUUUCACUUCUAGACCCUUUUACAAAAGCCUGGACCGUGUGAUAGAGUCUCACCUCAGAGGAGCAGAGAUCCUUUAUAGCCUUGCGGUGGCUAAUGCUCGUCACGCCGGUAUGGAGGGACGUUACCCUGUAUCAGACUACGCCCUUUUGGUGGAUGCCAGACGCUCAGUGGGUCUCUUCCAGCACCACGAUGCCAUCACAGGGACCGCAAAGGAAAACGUUGUCAUUGACUAUGCGACGAAAUUACUGCGCGGGCUCAUCGGCCUGAAGAGAGUGAUCAUCAAUGCUGCUCAUUUCCUGGUGAUGAAGAACAAAGACUUUUAUCGCUUCUACCAGACAGAGCCCUUCCUCGAGACGGACGACAGGCGAGCGACCCAGGACUCUCUGCCUCAGCGCACUCUAAUCGAACUGGACCCAGCAGGGCCCAGGUACGUGGUGCUGUUCAACCCAGUGGAGCGGGAGCGUCUUUGCGCUGUGACGGUGCUGGUGAACACUGUGAGGGUGAGAGUUCUCACAGAAGAUGGUCAGACCGUCCCUGUGCAGCUGAGCGCUCAGUGGAGCUCUGCAAGUCAAAUGAGCGCAGAGGUAUUUGAGGCUACAUUCAUGGCACGCCUUCCUGCUCUGGGUCUGGCUGUGUUUCACUUGUACGACUCCGCUGACUCUCCCAUGACCCUUCGCUCGGACACCCUGCUGAGGCUGCCGGGCAGUGGGGUAACUGCCCGGGCAGCUGACCCCCUCCCUGUGCGCUCCCUCCAGGCAGACGCUCAAACCUUCUACAUCAGCAGCCAGUCGCUCAUCCUGGGAUUCUCCGGAAGCACAGGACUCUUGGAGAGUAUCAGGCGCAGAGAGGAUCUCCAAGAAGUGAAGGUUCAAAUGCAGUUUAUGGUCUAUGGCACCCGGCCGUCUAAAGACAAGAGUGGAGCAUAUUUGUUUUUACCAGAUGGAAAAGCGAAGCCGUACAGUCAGAAGGAGACCCCUGUGGUUCGUGUGGUGGAGGGCCCUCUUUUCUCUGAGGUGGUGGCGCAUUAUCAGCACUUCCAACAGACCAUACGGAUCCACAAUGUGCCUGGUGUUGAAGGUUUAUCUAUCGACAUGACUACGACGGUGGACAUCAGAGAUCAGACCAAUAAGGAGCUGGCUAUGCGCUUGGUUACUGACAUCCAGAGUGGAGAAAUGUUCUACACUGAUCUCAAUGGUUUCCAGAUUCAGCCUCGUCGUCACUAUUUAAAGCUUCCUCUUCAAGCCAACUUCUACCCCAUGCCGAGCCAAGCUUACAUCCAGGACAGCCAGUACCGUCUGACCCUGCACACGGCUCAGGCUCUGGGAGUCACCAGCUUAGAAAGUGGUCAGCUCGAGGUGAUUCUGGACCGGCGCCUGAUGCAAGAUGAUAACCGCGGGCUAGGACAGGGCCUGAAGGACAACAAGAAAACUGUGAAUCGCUUCAGACUGCUCCUGGAGCACAGAGGCAUGGGCAACAAGAUGAUGGACACUGGGGUCACAAGCUUCCCCUCGAUUCUGAGUCACAUGACUAGUGCCUUUUUAAACCAUGAUGUGUUGGCACUGCCCGUCCUGCCCAAACGCAGAGGCAUCCCUCCUUUACAGACCUUUGCCCCGCUCAAGUCUGCCUUCCCCUGUGACAUGCACCUGGUCAACCUCCGUAGCAUCCAGACACUGCAGGACCCACUGAUGCCCUCACCGUACACAGCCUUCAUCGUUCACCGCCUGGGCCUGGACUGUGCGUUGGAGGCUCAGAACAUGGCCUUCAACUGUACCACUACACAAGGACAGCUCAACAUCUCUGGACUCUUCAAGAACCUGGACCUACAGCUGCUGCAGCCCAUGUCUCUCACCCUCAUGCACUCAGGCACUGCUCUGGCCAACGACUCCACCGUGAGCCUGGACCCCAUGGAGAUCUCUGCCUUCAAACUCAAGCUGCGCUAAAACAGCUGUCCCAACAAGCAGCGCCAGGGCUCCCACUGGUCCGGACCAGCAGCCAGACCUGAGCAGGUCUCAGACUUUGCUGUCCUAUUGAGCGCACAUUCACAACCACAAAGAACACAAAGCAAAAAUGUCUGUACCGAGUGUGAACUGACAGCAGGGGGCAGGCUGUAGCUGUGAUACUGUGGCCCUGUGGGGAGCAGAGGCAAGACUUGUAACUUAGAGCCUUCUAGAAGCUGGUGUUUCCAAAACACACUUUAAUUUAGCUCUACUAUGUAAGAUUUCACCUUUUUCUACAGUUUGGUCAAUCUCGGACUGAAAUAUUGAAUGUAAAUAUCCAUAAGGCCUGGACUUGUGCAAUUCCAAGCUUUAUUUGGCUGUAAGCGAUCGAUUUCAUUCACGUCCUUCUUUCUGAAAGCAGCUCAGAGAAUGUGUGGUCUCAUUCGGACUCAUCACGAGAUCAGCACACAGCUGAGGCGAAGUCCAAGAGUUCAUCUGCGGCUGCUAGAAGAUAAAAUGUGACCAUGAAUCAUAUUAUGUGUAAUGGAUGACUGUUGUGCCCAUUCUGUGGAUAGAGGACUUUCUCUCCUUCUCCCCGUGAGCUUCCCCUUUUGUCGCUGAUGAGAAAAAUAUGCAGGAGUCCGGAGGGAGUUGGACCAGAUUCUCCCAGCUCCUCUUCUGUCAUUCCCACAGAGAUCCACCGCUGCUGAGUCGCUGGUUUGUUUGUAUGCAGUGUGAGCCUAGACAGUGACUAUACCUCACAUAUGGCCCGUUUAUCCAUGAGUGUUCGUGUGGAGUGUCUGCGCUUCAGGCUUGUUUUCCACUAAAAGCUCAUUAUUUUGAGCGUUUUUCUGUAGCCUGGCCAUCCACAACAUCCUUUUUCUCAAUGAAUGGUCCCUGGGCCAGUACUAUUAGCGAAAAGGGUGGUAUAUGCCCACAAAUUGAGGUCUUUAUACAGAAUUAGGGGUUGAAUCUUAUUUGUUAUAAUGCUGCUUCCUCAUCACAAACAUACCUGGAGUUUUGUUUAGUUUCACUCACACAUGUUUAGCGCACAAACUUUGCACAUUUAGGCAGAGUUCUUGUCACAAGGUGGAACAGCUCUUCUGUUUACAGGAAGAGCUCCACCAUGUUUUUAAACUCCAUAUACCUUCACUAGGGUUAGGGUGAGUCAUUUUGAUGAGUUCUGUUCUGGAACUGUCAAUGUCUACUAGGGGUGUGCAAAAAUAUUGAAAUCGUUUAAUCUGAUGCUACAGUAUUGAUAUCGUGGGCUGCUGUAUUGAUAUAUCGCCGAGUAUUUUUUCUUGUUAUAUUUUACUAAUUUCUUUUGUGACAGCGCUUCAGUUUUGUUGCUUGUUUAGCGGAAGGAAACUCGUUUAUGCGACACAUUUGACAUUUUCACUAUUUUGAUGAUUAAAAUGGGCGUGUUUCAUUUUAACUUUGCACAAGAAGUGGUUCAACAAAGCCAUGAUUUAGCCUUUAUUUUUACUGAACGGUAUCAAAUCAAUUUGAAAUAUAUCAUAUUGAAUCGAAAGUACGCUGUAUUGAGAUAUGUAUCGUAUCGUGGCCUAUGUAUCGAGGUAUGUAUCGUAUCUGCAACUUUUUAAUGAAACCCAGCCCUAAUCUUGACUGAACUAAAGGCAAAAUGUAGCUGUUAAUGUCAAAACUACUGCUUCAUGACAUCUGAAGGUGGAAUGGGUUACUUUAAGAUGUGCAAAUGACAAAAAAACGCAACUCCAGGUAUAUUUUUAAAAAGGUAACAACAUUAUAACAUUGCUUAAAACUUUACGGCCUAACUGCAGUUUGUGUUUUGUAGUUUACCGUGAGAAACAAACUGAAAUCCAAGCAUUUUUGUCUUGAAACCACAAAGAGAUGCGAUGGCUGUCCAGGCUACUUCCUUUCUACACUUUCAGGGACCAUAUGUUGUACUGUUAGGCAGUUGAAACUUUGCUAACUCAAAAAGGACCUUUUUAGUCGCGCUAUAGUUUCCACACAUUUUUGCAUCAACUGGCAAAAAAGUUUCCCCAGGUUGAAUCAUACUUUGAAAGCCCUUUAUAAAGAAAUCUUGACAGCUCUCCAAUUUUAACAGGUAUACUCGCGAUCAUUUCCUUCGAAGUCUCUGGCAACACACUGGAAUUGGCAACACUUCUAUACAGUUUAGUCUUUCCUCUUGACAGAAACUCGUCAAAGAGGCUAAAAGCACUUCCUAUGCAUUACACACCGCGUCAAUGCUGUGAGAAAUGAUUUACUACUUUUUAAAUGCAAAAGUCGUGGUGACAUUUCAAGCAGUUUGGCUGGUGCACAACAAAAAGAUUCACCUCUAUCUUGCUUCUGUGCGUGACCACUCCAGUAAAAGCAUUUCUUCAAAUAGUCUGCUCUCAUAUGACCUCCACCGUGCUUCUCAUAGUUAGGCGAGUUAGCUUCGGGCUUUCUUCUGUCUUAUCCUUCACGGCAUCUCGGAGCACCCAGGUCGUGGUCACCAUAGACUGUAUAAAGAAGUGGAUUAAGGGAGCCAUAGCGUGCAGCUCCAGUCAAAUGAAGCUCAAGAGGGUAGCAGUUAUAGUUGCGAGUUUGGAGCAAAGUUUCAUAUUAAGAAUAGGAAUUUAUUUGAAGGUGCAACAGAGGAACAUCUCUAGUGAAGGGUUGCUUAUCUCCAGGGAGGUUUCACAGUAUGGUAUUAAGCCAGGCAUGUCCAAACUAUGGCCCAAAAGCCAAUUGCGGCCCUCGGACAAAUUUUUUAUUGGCCCUCAGGCUUCCAGUAGCCUGAUUCAUCAGCUGGUUUUACUUCGUUUCACAAACCGUCUGACCUCGCAGCCUUAGAAUUCGUUCGCUCAGCAGUAGGCGGAUACUUUUUAUCAUUUAAUCAAUUGCUGCUAUUUGGUCGUGACGUAUGUAAUGUGCCGCCAACGGGGUAUAUUAAGCUUUUCCCAAAUCCUGUAGGAAGGAGGACAAUAACGUCUUUCCCCUUGAUGAAAUUCACCAAACAUUCUCUUUAUUCCGACUUUAAAUCCUCGAUCUCGGGAAUCGUUGACAACACUGAAUAUGACUCUUCGCUGAUUGGCUGGUGUCCGAACUUGCACUUCCAGGGAUUUUGCGAACCGUCUGUUGUAUUUUGAUUCCCGACCUAGUUGCUGGAGAGAAAUGAAAAUUAGCGGAGGCACUAAGUGAACUGGUCCGAAUUACCUUGCAUCAAUUAAAAAUUAACUUUUUACUGCAAGUUUUUUUGAAAAUCUACCUUGAUAAAGUUAAUAUUUAGUGUGUGGUUUUAAGGAUCUUAGCAUGAAUAAAGACUGAUGGCUCAUUCUAACAUCUUAAACAUGCACAUAUUUCAAUUAUUCACUGUAUUGAGCAUCAGUCUACAGCUCUCGAUCGGCCCUCUGCUUUGUCUGUGUUUAGAUAUGUGGCCCUUGAUGAAAAAAGUUUGGACACCCCUGGCUUAAACCUUCCUGUGUUGACCAAAGCAGACCAAGUUACAGGUCAGAUCUGUGAGAGAGCGAGAUGAAGAGGGGUGACAUUUUUUCAAAAGUAAAGUCAAUUGGAGUUGGAGAUGAUGGAGCCAACGAUAUAAAAGAAUGAGAACUUCGCACAUCAAUUACCUGAGACGGGUGCAUUGGAGGAGAGGGAGCAGCCCAAGAACAUCUCGCACGCCAAAUUGCUUGCAAAAUGUGAGAUUUAUUAGGACAUAUGAGGAUGGAGCUGAAAUGUGGCGGGUUAACUAUGUCCAUUUACAUACAGUCUACGGUGGUCACACAUGUAUUGAAUCAUAUAUUGAAUCAUCUUGACAUCAAUCCCAUUUCGCUAUCAGAAGUCCUACGCUUAAACAUUUCUGAGACCGGGCGACUUCACUCGUGUUGUACGUUUAUCACUGUUUGUAAUGUGAGUCUAUCAAUGUCAUUCUUUUUUUAAUGUGAUUUUUGUAGCACUGUUUUUGAAUCAGAGAUAAUAUAUGAAGGCAGCGUGCGCUUCUGUAUUGGUCUAUAAUAGAGUGAAUAGGCUGUGCAGAGGGAAAGUGGGAUGAAUAAAGAUUAAUAUUCAGUACACAAUGGUGCUACUUUUUCUUCAGUUUAAAUUGACUGACUUUGAAUAAACUGUUUUCAUCCGUAAUUGUGAUUGUUGAGCUCACAAUACAACCGUACAGCUGCAUUCAUGGCAGUACAGAGUGUUUGUCCACGGAUACAAAGGUUCAAAUCCUGCUCUUGACAUAAAUAUAUUGGUUGAGUGGGCAGUCCGAUUCCAACUCCCGUAGAUGAAUACUAUCAUUGUGUCCUUGGGCGAGACACUUGACCCACUUCUAUGGAGUAAGAAAGCUUUCAGAAAUAUCCGUGUGCAGAGGAUAGAAAUCUGUGAAUAUUUGGCUGUAGCUGACCAUAAAAUAAAUAUUCAUAAAAUCUUGAAUGAAACCAGCCGUAGAUAAAAAUGUGUUGUGUGUAUUUUAUCAGUCAGAAUAUGAAUUGAAAAAUUACAACACAAAGAAUUACAAUCGUGAAAUGAAAAUUUACGAUUACGCUUUCUUCAGUACAAAUACGAAUUCACAGACGUGACUCGACUGUCAAAAAUACAUCAUCACUUCACAGGCAUUAUUUACUGAGCAGAAGAAACAUCGAUUGAGAUGCUGGACUUUUGUGCCACAUAAGGACUGAACCAGGACUGAACCAGGACUAAAACAGGACUAGAACA